AUGGAGGUCGUAUUUGCGUUAGGCUCAAAUGGCUCUGGUCAGUUGGGUAUUGGCCACAAAGAAGACGUUUCAGUGCCGAAGCAGGUCCUCUUCCACCCUGACCCUCCAACCUCCUCCAUUACAAAAGUUGCAGCGGGCGGGAACCAUACGUUGCUUCUUACGAAAACUGGCCAACUUUACUGGAGCGGUGAUCCCACGCCAGGUGCAUGUGGAUUGAACACUGGUCCAGAUGUAGCUGUGUUUCGAGAAAUUCAGCUUACCAAGAAUGGAGAACCUCCAGUUGGCGAUAUUGCCUUGAUCACAGCAACUUGGGAGGCUUCUAUCCUUGUGGCUAAAGAUGCAGAUGGGAAGAAGACUCGAGUUUUCAGUCUCGGGGCGGGUAUGAAAGGCGAACUAGGUCUGGGAGAACUCAUCGUUCGCACACCAUCAGCAACCCAAAUUCGAGAAUUCCCACCUCCGGGAACAGAAGUUGUCGACCUGGCUGCUUGCAUGGGACAUGUCGUUGCAGUUCUCGACAAUGGCGAUGCUUACGGCUGGGGUAAUGCGAGAAAGUCCCAAGCUGGGGAGCCAGGCCAAGUCCUUCAAGCUCCCAGAAAAAUCGAGGGCAUCGACUUCAAGGUCACGAGAGCUGUCUGUGGCAGAGAAUUCACAUGUCUAUUCGGCGACCCACAAAGUGGAAACAUCAAGGUUCUAGGUUCAGAUAAAUGGAAUAUUCAAUCAGGUGUACCCGAGACAUGUGCUGGGUGGAUGGACGUAGGCGCAAGUUGGGGAAAUAUAUAUGUCCUGGGGAAGGAUGGUUCUCUACAAGCUUGGGGACGAGAUGAUCACGGACAACUACCUCCACCGAAUCUCCCCGAGCUGAGCAACAUUGCAAUCGGCAGCGAACAUGUUGUUGCUCUCUCUACCGCAGGCGAUGUUCUAUCAUGGGGAUGGGGCGAACAUGGCAACUGUGGACCUCAGGUUGAGAAUAACGAUGUCAAAGGCCGAUGGAAUGUCAUUGCUUCAUCUAAAUUCAUCCCCCCGGGCUCCAAGAUAGGGGAAGUCGGGGCAGGGUGUGCCACCAGUUGGGUAUUCAUUACAGCUGAGUGA